UGAUAUAGAUACUAAUCCGUAUAAUUGGUUGACUUGUAUAGUCCAAGUAUAGCAGGUACUCAUCAUAGAGAACACCUGGAACAGCCCCCAAACUUUGAUGCGCCCUCGGGAACCAAAAUAGUCUUCCCCGCAUUUCCUAAACCCCACAAGAGUUAUUCACGGCAGUUGGUAGUACAGACUUAUUAACCACGUUUUCUUGGUAUUUCCCUCACUUCCAUAACCUUACUAAAGUACUUUCUUUCUCCAAUGUUUAUUGCUCUCUCAUUCAAUACUUCUCAACAGCACUCCAGGUCAACCAACUAAGAUCCUACAAGCAUCAAAAUCCUCACAAUGGUAUUCCUAGCCGAAAACUCCGUAUAUAUACCCACGAAAGAUCUCUUGUCGUGGAUAUUCGAUGAUAUUCCCUAUGACCAGGAUACCAAAGUAAGCCCCUCUGUCUAUAGUGUAGUUAAGACCAUUAAAUCCCAAUGCAUAUAUAGAUAUACAUCGACGCGAACGACCCCUCUCGUUCCAUAUCCCCAAAGCAAGCUCGACUAAUCAUCCGCAAAUUAGUUGCCGGAUUUCACGCUGCCGGUUUGGAGAAGGGUGAUUGUGUUUGCUUACAUUCGUUUAACGAUGUGAGAACCUUAUCAUGCUGCUCAAUUGGAAGUUUCUAAUCAUGCAAACACAAUGCAGAUUUAUUAUUCUAUGAUCUUUCUAGGUGCUCAUAUCUCUUCUUAGAUGGCUAUUAUUACCUACCUACUCUUACUCAUAAACUACAGGUAUCAUAGCAGCAGGUGGAAUAUUCACCGGCACAAAUCCUUCCUACACUUCUCAUGAACUAAUCCAUCAUAUCAAAACCUCUGAAGCAAAAUUUCUCAUCACAGAGCCGAAGAUGCUCACAAAUAUCCUUGCAUCUGCGAAAGAAUGCGACAUCCAGUCUUCAAAUAUUUGGAUAUUCGAUGUACUCGAACAGGUCAUUCCUGAUGGUUUCAAAUCCUUCAAUGAGUUGAUGAAACAUGGAGAGGAAGAUUGGAUAAGGUUUGAUGAUGAAAAAGUCUCGAGAGAAACAACUGCUGCUAGGUUAUUUAGUAGUGGAACUACUGGGCCCCCGAAAGCAGCUGUGUUAUCCCAUUAUAACUUGGUUGCGCAGCACACGCUUGUGUAUGAACAGGCACGGAGACCAUAUACUGUAUGUUCCCCUCCUCUUCAUGAGCUGCAGAUUUUAAUGCAACCAUUCUAGCUACGGCGGGUAGUAGCACUACCCAUGUUCCACGCAGCUUGUGUUCCUAGUUUGUAUCCAAUUCUCCAUUAUCUGGAAGAAAAAACUGCUGAAACAUAAAAUAGGCGUCCAUACAAGUGCCUUGAAAGCUGGACACGUCUCAAUCGUAAUGCGUCGUUUUGAACUCAACCCCUUUCUGCACCACGUAAAAGCACAUCAGACAAAUGAAUUAAUGCUCGUACCACCUAUCGCAAUAGCACUCAUCAUGUCUGGUCUCGCAGGAGAUAAAUUAAAAACCAUCAAACAUGCCGCUAUAGGCGCAGCUCCAAUGGGAAAAGAAGCCCAAGAGAAACUAAAGCAAUUGUGUGCUCCGGGAGCGACCGCAACUCAGGUUUUUGGCAUGACGGAGACUAGUUGCAUCUGUACCAUGUUUCAUUACUGGGAGGAUGAUAAUACGGGUAGUGUGGGAAGAAUGCUGCCGAAUAUCGAUGCGAAGUAUAUUUUUCUGUCUCUGUGCUGCAUUAAUCUCAAAGACUAAUCUGGAAUUAUCAAUUAGGAUUAUUGAUGAUGAGGGCAAUGAUAUAACAGCCUAUGAUGUUCGUGGUGAGCUUUGUGUACGAGGCCCGACUAUCAUAUCUGGUUACUGUAAGUCACCUCAACCCUUCUUCCACCUAGUUGUCCAAUACACGGACUGGCAAGCUAGGGCUUAGCUUCCGAUUUCCGAAAAGCUACGAAUUUACAAAGACGGUUUGACCAUUUGCAUGAAUUCAUUGUUCCAAGUAGAACCAACAUCCUCAAAAAAUUCCAUCGUUCAAACAAACUCACCAAACAGACCCUCCCACCAUCAAACUAUCAUCCAACCCAAUCCAAUCCAUAAAACACUCUCCACCCACCCAACAAACAAACCAAAACUAACACUUCCCCUCUCAAUCACAAGAUAAAAACCAACCCGCAAACCAACUCUCCUUCGACUCAUCCCAAUUUUUCAAAACCGGGGAUAUAGCAUACUGCUCUCACCCCAGCAAAAAAUGGUACAUAAUCUCGCGCAAAAAAGAACUCAUCAAAGUACGAGGCUUCCAAGUAGCGCCAGCGGAAAUCGAAUCCGUGCUGCUAUCUCACCCGUUGAUAAUCGAUGCGGCUGUUAUUGGGAUCAAGGGAUCAGAUGCGGAUGGAGAGAUGCCUCGAGCGUAUGUGGUGAGGAGACACGGGGAAGAGGGUAGCAGGCUGGAGGAGAAGGAUGUGAAGGGGUGGUGUGGGGAGAGGUUGGCGAGGUAUAAGGAGUUGAAUGGUGGAGUGAGGUUUGUGGAGACUAUUCCGAAGAAUGCUAGUGGGAAGAUUUUGAAGAGGAUCUUGGAGGAGCAGGCGGAGAGGGAGAUGAAAAUGGCUAGACUUUGAUUGGGGUUUGUUGUUGAGGGUUGAUUUGUGGGUAAAUAGGAUAUACCGGGUAGAUGUAUGCAUUUCUGGAAGUAAGUUACGCAGCGAGCCUUCAAGGGAAUAUUAACAAUGAAAGUGAUUUGGAUGAAUGACGUAGGAUGCGACAACUCAACAUGUACACGUAAAUUGAACAGUGAGGAACCCCCGGGUAAGGAUUGUCGUAUGGAAAAUUCAGGAUCUAUGGAUGGUACUUAACCAACCACUAGAGCAG